AUGGCCCCCUGGGGACACAGCGAUGGCACCCACAGCGCUCAUGGGGGACGCACAGCAGCCCUUGGGGGGCCGCGGUGGUGGCAGGGACCCCCACCCUGGCCACUGCAGGACACUGUACCCCCCCCACACACACCUUUUCACCGGGGCCGGGGGGUCCCGGGCCGCCCCCAGGCCCCCGGCCGUGGGGCGGAUGUCCUGCGGGACCCCCCCACUUCCCGCUGCUUCCACCCAGUUCCGGCCAUUGACGCGCUGGGCGCUGCCGGGGACCCCCGGGUCAGCGCCCCUGGGGGAGCCAGCCGGGGCUGGGGGGGCUGCGCCCCGCGACCCUCGGGGGGCCCUGGGAACCCGCGAGGGUGGGGCGGGCCCACCCCAGCUGCGGGCGGGGAGGGUCCUGCGGUGACCCCGGAGUGGGGCGGGGGUCGCGGGGGUCGCGGGGCGGGGGUCCGGGACGGGGGCGCUGUUGGGGUGCGGGGGUGCAGGGGGUGCCGGGUCCCCCGAAUCCCGGCGGGAGAGACCCCCGGCGGCCGAGGAGGGGCGCAGCCCGCGGCUCACGCAGCGACGGGAAACCGCGCCCGGUGCCGGCCCGGCGGUUCCUUCCUGCGGGGGAGAGCGGGGCGGGGGCACCGGGAGGCGCGGGGCGGCCCCGGGGCACGGCGCGGGGGCACGGCCGGGCCGGGGGCGCCGCAGGGACCCGCACGGGGCGCGGUUCCAUCACCGUGGGGCGGGCCGGGCCUGUCGGUCACGGCAGAGCGCCCACCGAGCGGAUCGCCCGCCCUGCCCGGGGGCGGGACUGGCCUCGGCCCCUCCAAAUCCACAGCGCCCCCCGUGCCUCGGCCUCGUCCAGCCCCACAGACCCACCGUACCCCACAGAGCCUACAGCUCCCCCCGUACCCCACAGAGCCUCCGUACCCCAUAGACCGCCCCGCACCCCGCAGACCCCCGCACCCCACAGAGCCUACAGCUCCCCCGGUAGCCCACAGAGCCUCCGUACCCCAUAGACCUCCCCGCACCCCGCAGACCCCCGUACCCCACAGAGUCUACAGCUCCCCCGCCCCCCCUGUACCCCACAGAAACCCCCCGUACCCCACAGACCCCCGCACCCCACAGACCCCCGUACCCCACAGAAACCCCCCGUACCCCACAGAACCCGCCCGUACCCCACAGCCCCCCCCGUACCCCACAGACCCCCUCCCCCCGUACCCCACAGCCCCCCCGCACCCCACAAACCCCUCCGCACCCCACAGCCCCUCCCCGUACCCCACAGAACCCGCCCAGCGGCGCUGUGACCGGAGCGUUCCCCGGGGGUCGCGGGGCGUUGCGGGGAACCGGGGAGGGGGCGUGGCCCGGCGCCGGUGGGCGUGGCCGUGGCGGGGCGUGGCCAAGGGCGCGCUGGGCGCCCCCGGGCGGGGCGGGGCGGGGGUCCCGGGCCCCCCCGCGGCCAUUGGCUGCGCCCGCGCUGGCCCCGCCCCGGCCCCGCUGUCAACACGCAGCGCCCGCCGCGCCCGCGGGGCCGGGCCGGGCCGGGCCGAGCGCAGGGACCCGCCCGAACCGAACCGAACCGAACCGAACCGAACCGAACCGAACCGAACCGAACCGAACCGAGCCGAACAGAGCCGAACCGAGCCGGACUCAGCCCGCCCGAGCCGGGCCGCGCCGCGCCCGAGCGCAGCCGAACGGGGCCGAGCCGAGCCGAGCCGAGCCCGGCCGAACCCAGUGCAGCCGAGCACAGCCGAACCCGGCCGAACCGCGCCGAACCCAGCCGAGCCCUCCCGAGCUCAGCCGAACCGGGCCGGGCCGAGCCGACCCAGCCGAACCGACCCGACCCGAACCGGAGCGGAGCGGGCCGAACCCCGCCGCACCGAACCGGCCGAGCCCGGCUCAGCCCGGCCGUUCCGAGCGGAGCCGAGCCGUUGCGACCUGUUCCGAGCGGCGGCGAGCGCGCGGGGCGGGUCCCGGUCCCCCCCGGCCGCUCCGUGA